GCCCACGGGGGCCUCCACCACCCUCACCUCGGCCUCACUAGCCCGCCAACCCAACUCGGCGGCUCCUCCGCGAGCCUGCCGGGAACUCGCGCCCCUCGCGUUUCCCGGCCCCCGAGGGGGCAGCCUCGGGCCAUGGUGCCCUCCCAGGAGGAGCCCGCCGCCGCGCGGGGGCCGAGCGAGGCGCAGCCGCCCGGCCCCGCGCCCCCAGGGGCCGCUCCGCUGCCCGGCCCGGGACCCUUGGAUGGCCCGGAGGCGGCAGGGGCCGAGAAGGUGGAGGUAGAGCUGGCGGGGCCGGCGGGGCCGGCGGGCGCUGAGCCCCUUGAGCCCCCUGAGGGCGGCUGGGGUUGGCUGGUGAUGCUGGCGGCCAUGUGGUGCAACGGGUCGGUGUUCGGCAUCCAGAACGCCUGCGGGGUGCUCUUCGUGUCCAUGCUGAAGACCUUCGGGUCCAAGGACGAUGACAAGAUGGUCUUCAAGACAGCAUGGGUAAGUUCUCUCUCCAUGGGGAUGAUUUUCUUCUGCUGCCCAAUUGUCAGCGUCUUCACAGACGUGUUUGGUUGCCGGAGAACAGCUGUCGUGGGUGCUGCUGUUGGAUUUGUUGGACUCGUAUCAAGUUCUUUUGUAAGCUCCAUCGAGCCUCUGUACCUGACCUAUGGAAUCAUAUUUGCCUGUGGCUGCUCCUUUGCCUACCAGCCUUCAUUGGUCAUUUUGGGACACUAUUUCAAGAAGCGCCUUGGACUGGUGAAUGGCAUUGUCACCGCUGGCAGCAGUAUCUUCACAAUUUUGCUGCCUUUCCUUUUAAGGGUACUGACUGACAGCGUGGGCCUCUUUUAUACCCUGAGGGUCCUCUGCAUUUUCAUGUUUGUUCUCUUUCUGGCUGGCUUUACUUACCGACCUCUUGCUUCCAGUGCCAAAGAUAAAGACAGUGGAACCAAAGGAGGCAACAGAUUCUCCCUCUUUUCCAGGAGAAAGUUCAGUCCUCCAAAAAAAAUUUUCAAUUUUGCCAUCUUCAAGGUGACAGCAUAUGCAGUGUGGGCAGUUGGAAUACCACUUGCACUUUUUGGAUACUUUGUGCCUUAUGUUCACUUGAUGAAACAUGUGAAUGAAAGGUUUCAAGAUGAGAAAAAUAAAGAGGUGGUUCUCAUGUGCAUCGGCAUCACUUCAGGAGUUGGACGGCUGCUCUUUGGCCGGGUCGCAGAUUAUGUGCCUGGUGUGAAGAAAGUUUAUCUACAGGUCCUGUCCUUUUUCUUCAUUGGUCUGAUGUCCAUGAUGAUUCCCCUGUGCAGCGUCUUUGGGGCCCUCAUUGCUGUCUGUCUCAUCAUGGGUCUCUUCGAUGGAUGCUUCAUUUCCAUUAUGGCCCCCAUUGCCUUUGAGUUAGUUGGUGCCCAGGAUGUCUCACAAGCAAUUGGAUUUCUACUCGGAUUCAUGUCUAUACCCAUGACUGUGGGCCCACCCAUUGCAGGGUUACUCCGUGACAAGCUGGGCUCCUAUGAUGUGGCAUUCUACCUCGCUGGAAUCCCUCCCCUUAUUGGAGGUGCUGUCCUUUGUUUUAUCCCAUGGAUCCAUAGUAAGAAGCAAAGAGAGAUCAAUAAAACCACUGGAGGAGAAAAGAUGGAGAAAAUGUUGGAGAACCAGAACUCUCUGUUGUCAAGCUCAUCUGGAAUCUUUAAGAAGGAAUCUGACUCUGUUAUUUAAUGUCUUAUAUACCUCCACCAGACUGGACUUGCUUUUAGAAGUUUAAGCAAGUUUUCCUUUUAUAUGAAUUGCAAAUUUCUUAUUUUUUUAAUCACAUCCUAGGAAUAGCACAAUAAUCGGGAAAUAGAACCCUUAUUACUACAAGAAUCAUUUUUUGCCACUGAAUAGCUGUCCAAUAUUUCCAUGAGUCUGAGGCCGGAGACUCAGACUCAAUUUCAUGUACAAGAAAACCUGUCUGAAAGUCAAAUAUUAUGAGAAUAUGAAGCUAUCUCAGUAAAAAGUAACUUCAGAAACUGUGAGCGCUAUUUAGCUUAUACAAAUAUUUAAAAAUACCUCAAGCUAUAUUGAAAGGGUUGCAGUUUGGUUAGGACUGGAAAUAUUGUUUGUUGUCUCACUUGGUGUUUUUAGUUUUGGUAUCUUUGUUUUAAUUUCUUCUGCUAUUUGGAAACAAAAUUUAAGCCUGGAUUCUAGAUAAUAUCAGAUCUACUUAAAUCUCAAGUCUAUGUUAAAAUUGCUCGUCUGCUCUUAAAUAAGCUUUGAAAGUAAGUUAUUUUGACUUGCUCCAGUGUCAAGGGACCUUCUCGGGCAGGUACUGACAAGGUGUUCAGAAUCAAGGGUGUGGGAUGAACAGGAUCCUGUUCAUAAGGGCAGAACAGUUCAGAAAUCAGACAUUUCUUCCAUUUACAUUUUUCCCCUUUGGAAUUGCAGUGUGUUUUACUCAAGUAGCCAGAAACACCCCAGAUUUCUGAAUUUGUUUAAAUUGUAACAAUAAAGUAAAAUAGAA